AUAUCUAUCCUACAAACUUAACUCCAAAAACCUCUCUGGCUAGUGUUGCCAGGCGUGCGGACAUAGCUAGGCAUUUUGAUUGCGUGUGGUCAAAAAAAAAAAACGGCUUCCGGCUUGUCCGGCUUAUAUUAGGCUUUUACAUUUCGCAAAAAGUUUAGCUAAAAGCUAGUAGGUUUGGCGAUUUGGGAACCCUAUCCCUGGCAUACAAACUAAGCCGCAGACUUCUUAAACUUAUACUUAACAGUUAAACUGUUAUUGACGAAAUUUUGCAUUGCGGUAGCUUAUAUACCAUGGAGACUGGAGAAGCUUAAAACAAACGGUUCCUGAGGCUUUUUUUAAAAACCUAAACUCGCGGGCUAUAUCUUUUAAUUCCAUUAUUAGUUAGCCUUUCACUGCAAUCUCAGUUUUAAUUAAGUUGUGAUAGAAUCUAAGAUGGUAACAGGCUAACCUGUUCGGAGUAUAUUUAUUAAACCCGUUACCCUGAUCGGUUUCUACAGCACAUCGUACGAGUACGGUAAAUCGGUUGGCGGAAAAAUUAUAUUUCUGCAAUGAAGAAAGCGGUAAAUGAGAACAGAUAUAUAAUUUUAUUCCAUCAUAUGAAAAUGGAAAGCAAUCAGUUGGAAAGCAAGGAUGCUUUAUUUAAUCGAAUUGUACUAUAAUACCUAGUUUAAAAUUUGUAUGUAGAACAUUGAUAACAUCAGUGAUAACCUACAAUUAAAGCCCAUUGUUUUAUCAGUUGAGUCAUUUGGUUAUUUGUAUGAAUCACUUGAAUCAAUAUUCAGAAUGAGGGCAAAAUGAAUGCUACCAAAAAACACAAUACGAAACAAAUAAUUUCAUUAGGUAUGCAAACUUUGAAUGAGGUUUUUUGUAAAGACGUAAGUUAUAAGGCUCCUCUCACACCUCCGCUGCGAAACUUCAGUUGCGAAACCGCUGUAGGAAUUCCGCUGCGAUAAAGUGUAGUUGUGUAGUUGCGGAACGGGCGUCGGAACCUGCUAGUCAUCAGUCAGCCAUCGGAGCGAAAUGUCGUCGUUAUCAGAGUCAGAGGAGGAGGAAAUAUUAUUGUGGACUUUAACUUUGAAAAGGCGUAAAUCUCGUAGAAUUUGGGUGCACGAGAUUAAUGAAAAAAGGAAGAAAUUAGGAGAAAACCUAUUAUGUAAAGAACUAGAGUCACAUGAAGAUCGUUUUUAUACAUAUUUUAGAAUGAGCCCAGGGAGUUUUGAAGAUCUACAUAAUCUUUUGAAGCCACAUAUUACUAAACAAAAUACAAGGUUUAGGGAAGCUAUUUCUAGCAGAGAAAGAUUAGCCUUAACUUUGAGAUUCCUAACUACUGGAGAUUGCUAUAAAACAUUAUCGUUUUCAUAUCGUAUAGGAAAUUCAACAGUUUCAAAAAUAGUGACCGAAGUAUGUCAGGAAAUAUGGAAUGUUUUACAACCAUUAGCCAUUCCACAACCUACACAAGAAAUGUGGCUCAAUAUCGCAGAAGACUUUUUUGGGAAAUGGGGAUUUCCUCAUUGCCUGGGUAGCGUGGAUGGAAAGCAUAUUACCAUUAAAUGCCCUCCAGAUAGCGGCUCAAUGUUUUACUGUUACAAAAGUAAAUUUUCUAUUGUGUUAUUGGCUGUUGUAGACGCUAAUUACAAAUUCAUAUAUGUUGACAUUGGAUCGUUUGGAAAAGAUUCUGAUAGUACUAUAUUUGAAAAAACACCUUUUUUACAACUAUUGCGAACUGGUCAACUUAAUGUACCAAAUGCCCAACCAUUACAACAAGGCACAGAUCCUUUGCCUUAUGUUUUAAUAGGGGAUGGUGCCUUUAAGCUGGAAACGUUUUUGAUGAGACCUUUUGUAAGAGAAGCGGCUAUGCAAGAUAGAGAUAAAAAGAGAUUUAAUCAGGCGCUCAGUCGAGCACGUGUAGUUGUGGAAUGUGCUUUUGGAAUAAUGGCACAGAAGUUUAGGAUUUUCCUAAGACCUUUCGAAACAGAUUUGACAAACACAAUAAAAAUUGUAAAAGCAGCUUGUUGUUUGCACAACUUUAUACAGACGAAAGAGUCAGCCGUACAUACCAGUUCCAGCUUUGAAAUAGAACAGCUAGGUGCCUUUCUACCACAAAAUAGACCUGGCAACCGACAGAGAGCAUCGUCGGCAGCGUUUGAGGUCAGAGAUAAAUUCGUUCAAUAUUUUACACAAACGCAGAGAACUUAACGUUAUC